CCAGAUAAGCUGCAGAAAGAUACAACUACUGCGGAUUGCUUUUGCCUUAGGUCGCUAAUCGAUCGACCGCGACUUUUCCGGCUGACCGAGUCCAUUCGUCUUCUUCCAUCAUUGAGUUUUAACAACUUUCGAACGAAGCACGGUGGAAGAACAGUGCAGCUUCGUUACUCUUUCUUGUAACCCUGUACCUUAUCCUAUUUUCCAUUUUGGAACUCAGAUUCGGGUUAUCGAUGGCGUCGGGCGGGUCUUCGAGGCGUCCGAUGUCAUCGGAGUCUAGAUCUUUUGAUUUCGUCUCCGAUGAACUGUUGUUCUCAUAUGACGAUUACACACAGCAGCAGGAUCAGACGGCGAAUGCGAAUCGAUCGGAGGUAUCGGCGAAGGAUCUCCAUGAACACAAAGUUGGGAGGCCAACUAAUGUAUAUGGACAACAAGAGGAAUUUCCAAGGGAAGAUGUAAUAUCUGCUGUUGAAAUUUGCAUGAAAAAACAUGCUGACAACUUUAUGAGGAAUCUUGAGGAAAUCAAUGGAAGGUUGACUCAGUUGGAGUUAUUUUGUUACAAGCUUGAGCGAUCAGUGGGUGAAUUUCGAACUGACAUGAUUCAUGGGCAAAGUGAAGCAGAUAUGAAGCUUAACUCACUUGAGAAGCAUGUUCAUGAAGUUCAAAGAUCUGUACAGAUUAUCAGGGACAAGCAAGAACUUGCCGAUGCCCAGAAGGAGCUGACCAAAUUUCAUCUCUCUCAGAAGGAAACUGGCAAUUUAAGCCUUUCCCAGAGAACCAAUAAGGAUAUUACUGCAGGAACUUCUGACACCAAACCUCAAAAUGAUAACAAAGACGUGGCAAACCUGCAGUUAACUCUUGCUCUUCCGAACCAAAUAUCCUCAACACACCCCAUUAAAGCUGCUGAUCAAAACCUACCCCACAAAGAGCUUCCUUUGCAGCAGCCUGCACCUCCACAAGAUCGACACAUUCUAAAUCAAACAAGUGUAUACUACACACAGCACCACGAACCUCCACCCCCACCUCUGUCUGUACCUCAAGCGCAGCAUAUCCAGCACCUGCAAUCUGAGCUAUAUGUGCCGCAAAGAGCUCAAAUGCAAAAUCUCUCUCACCGAGCACCACCACCGCAGCAACCGACAUUCUCUCAAUACCAGCAGCAAUGGUCUCAACCAGCGCCACCUCAACAACCUUCUUCACCUAGCCAAGUUCUAAAGCCACAAACUCCACCCACCUAUCCCCCAUAUACUCCUUAUCAACCUGCCAUUACUGAAUCAUUCCAAAGCAGCAGCAUGCCCCCGCCCGCUCCAUACUCGUCUUUUCCACAAUCAGUCGGAUAUGGAGUUACAGGCAGCAGCAUUUCCCAUCCACCACCUCCGCAUAACAUGCAGCGGCACCCGCCACUGCCGCCACCGCAUGCUAAGAGCAGUCAUAUCGGAGCCAACCCGUAUCCACCUCAGUCGAAUAUGCAGGGCUAUAAUCCAGUAUUUGCUAUUGAUGGAGACAGAGCUUCUCAUCAACAGAGCUACCACACAAAUUUAAGCACACCAGCUUCACAGAUGAUGCGCAAUCACCCCUAUGGAGAGAUUAUUGAAAAUGCCAUUAUUAUGGGUUAUUCAAGAGAUCAGGUGGUUAACGUUGUGGACCUGAUGGCAGAGACAGGUAAGCCUCUAGACUUCAAUGCUUUGCUUGAUGAGCUGAAUAUGCAUGCUAAUGGAGGGCCUCCUCGGGCAUGGUCCCGCUAGAGGCAUUAUCUUAUAUAGUGAUUAUUUGUACGUUUCUUAUAAGUACUCGGGGUGGUAUGCUGAGAGUGCUUUUAUCAUGUAAAUAUUUAACUUGAACUGUCGUGCAUUUUUUUCUAUAAUAUUUUCCAUGUUUGUUGGGAUGUGUGAAUUGCACCACAAAUUUUACAGUAUUGAGAAAGUAGUAAAUACAAAGAGUUGAUGAUGUUGAA